AUGGCGAUACCCUGGGGGACCCUCAAAUCGCUGCUCAUCUUCUUCGGCCCCAUCCUCCUGCCCAAGGCCCUCUCCUACUACCGCUCCGUGCGCGCCGCCCCGCGAAUCCAGGGCCUCAAAGUCCGCCCGCUCCCGCGCCGCAUCCGACUCGCCAUCUCCCUCCUCCUCCUCACCGCCGGCUUCUUCCUCCUCCUCACCCUGCCGCCCUUCUCGCCGGAGCACAUUUUCCGCCUGACCCAGUCGCGCCUGCAGAUCCCCGCCGACGUGCUCUUCACCCGCCUGGCCUCCCUCCGCCCGCACAACACGCUCACGCCGACCGACCUCGCCCUGCGCGCCAAGUUCGCCUCGCUCGAGUCCCGCCUGGUAUACCUGCACCUGGGGCCCUCGACCGUCGCGACCUGCCCCUUCUGCACCUCGGACGACCCGCGCUCCUACCUGUACUACUUCCUGCCGGAGCUGCUGGCGCCGCACCUGGCGAACCUGGCCGUGGUCACGGCCGCGACGUCGGCGCUGCUGACGCGCGACGACCCGCGCGGCGUGGCCGGGUGGCGCGCGCCCGCCGCGCUGGCCGCCGCCGCGCUCGCGCUCGCCGACCUGUACCUCGUCGCGGCGCACGACCACGCGGCCAACGCGCGCGCCCUGCGCCUCGCCGAGAUCGACUCGUUCUACUGGACCGCGCGCGCCGCCCGCUACGCCGCGCUCGCCGCCCUCGACGCCGGCCUCGCCGCCCUGUGCUACCUGACCGGCACGCAGCGGGCGUUUGUGCGGCCGCCCGCCCCGGCCGAGAGGCUCGAGGCUGUUGUCAGGGGGCUGGGCGGGGUCAAGGGCAAGAUCAAUGCCGCCGGGGUGGUGAAGAAUACGGUGCUGCGGGACGAGGAGCUCCGGGGCCGGUGCAAUGCGUACUGGGCGCACGAGGUCCGGUUGAUGAGGGAGAUGAUGGAGGAUAGGGAGGUGGUGGAGGGUGUGAAUGAUGCGCUGCUGAAUCGGAUUGAUAUUGCCGGGAUAGAGAGGGAUGCCGAGGCGUAUGCAAAGGCGGUGUUGAUGCCGUCUGGGGAAGGGAGAGCCGCGACGGAGGAGGUGGUCGGUUGA